ACACACACACAUUUUGUCUGCUUCUCAGCAGUGGUCUUUCCUAUUGCCAAUUGACCCUGAUGAUUACAAGCCAGAGGUCUCAGGGGCUAAAACAAUUCAGACACGCACAUGGUAUCCUGUGAUAGAUCCAGUAUUAACACCUGACACCUCGAAAACAGGAAAAAAGCCAGCAGACAGAUGCUUUGGGGUGUUUGGAGGUGGAGCAUGAGCACGGCUAUAAAAACCCUGAGAAGGAAGUCUUGGCUUCACUCUGAUGAGAAGGGAGACCGCCUCCAUCAUGUCUUACUAUGAGCAUGUCUACCUUGACUUCAACGACACAGGCUCUGGUUCUGGCUUCUGGGACGACGGAGAGAACCUGGAAGAGUCUUGCAAUGUGGAGCACGGGAUGACCGCCGAGCUUCACCGGGUCUUCUUGCCCGUGGUCUACGCCAUAAUCUUCGUCUUGGGCAUAACCGGAAACGGUCUGGUGGUCGUGGUGUUGGGCUGUCAGCGCAGGUCAAAGUGCAGCCUGACAGACUGGUAUCGCCUCCAUCUCUCUGCUGCCGACCUCCUCUUUGUUCUGGCUCUUCCCUUCUGGGCAGUGGAUGCAGCUUUGGAUGACUGGCGCUUUGGAGGGGCCGCUUGCAUCGGCGUGCACGUGAUCUACACCGUCAACCUGUACGGCAGCGUGCUCAUCCUGGCGUUCAUCAGUCUGGACCGCUACCUGGCAGUGGUCCGAGCGACCGGCACAAACACCGGUGGGCUGAGGCAGCUGCUGGCACACAAGGCGGUGUAUGUAGGUGCUUGGUUGCCUGCUACCCUGCUGGCUGUCCCGGAUAUGGUAUUUGCCCGGACUCAGGAAGGCGGAGAGGGCGCCACCGUGUGCCAGCGCUUCUACCCCGAAGAAAACGCUCCCGUCUGGGUGGCCGUCUUUCACCUUCAGCUGGUCCUGGUGGGCCUGGUGAUCCCUGGUCUGGUCCUUCUUGUGUGCUACUGCGUCAUCGUCUCCAGGCUGACCCGGCCAGGCCCGUUGGGGGGCCAGAGGCAGAAGCGGCGGGCGGUCAGGACCACGAUCGCCUUGGUUCUGUGCUUCUUCAUCUGCUGGCUCCCUUACGGAGCGGGAAUCUCCGUGGACGCGCUGCUGCGUCUGGAGGUCCUGCCCCGGUGCUGCAGGCUGGAGGCGGCUUUGGGCGUGUGGUUGUCUGUGGCGGAGCCCAUGGCGUUCGCGCACUGCUGCCUAAACCCGCUGCUUUACGCGUUUCUGGGGGCCGGGUUCAAGAGCUCGGCCCGCAGGGCCCUGACUCUGAGUCGGGCCUCCAGUUUGAAGAUUUUACCCCGGAGACGCAACGGGACUUCAAUGACACCCGAGACGGAAUCCUCCAGUUUACAUUCCAGCUAAGGUCUUUCCGAGCUGCGCUGUGUUCUGUACAUAUUAUGUGAUAUAUGUAAGAAAGUUUAAAGAAAUUAUGAGAAUAAUGAGGUGGAGUCUGCUGGUCCAUGACUUCUCCUUCUCUGUAGAGUUUCACUUGUAAAUAUUAUUCAUAUACCUGUGUUUAGUGGCGCAAAAAAAAAAAAAUGGACAUGCACCAUAUCCCUUAUGUAAAAUGAUUUCUAGUCAGUGUAAAAUGAUUUCAGCUGUUGGUGCAUGAUGUGAUCUAUUGCACUUUCUACACUUCAGAAAGUGCAAAGUUGCGCCCCUGUCUGUGUACAUACUGUAGCUUUGUACAUGUUUCUAAUAAAAUAU